AUGAAAUUUUCUAUCCUUACCGCCACCGUCUUUGCGGCUGUUCCUGCCAUUGGGGCCGCCAUCCCAGGCCCUGUCACCAACGACUACCCCUACUCUGGCAAAUGCCACAGUGGCGGCGACGUCGAUCCCUGGAGCUUCUACAAGUGCCAGUGCACCUCCUUCGUUGCCUGGCGCAUCAACAAACGCCUAGGCAUCAAGUUCACCAACCACUACGAUGGCAAGGGCUGGGGCAAUGCCAACGAAUGGGCCGGUGCUGCCAAGGCUAGCCACGUCACUGUUAAUAACACACCGGUUCCUGGAUCCAUUGCUCAGACAAAUGCAGGAUCAAAGGGUCACGUUGCUUGGGUCACUGCUGUCAAGGGAGACAAGGUCGAGAUUGAAGAGUACAACUGGGGAAAGAAGGAGGGCUAUUCCACCAGAACUGUUCCUAAGAGCACCUUCCAGUACAUCCACAUCAAAGUCUAG